CGAGGAAAAGUUUCGAGCUUCUUCUUGGUCUCUCGCUCAAUCGCGGAUUAUCCUCAUGGGGAUCGAAGAGAUGGAGGGACCCGUUCCAUCUUCUUCCGCUUCGGUUCAUCGGUGGAAGUACGACGUGUUCGUGAGCUUCAGGGGCGAGGACAUCAGGAAGAAUUUCGCGGCCCACCUCUUCCGCGCGCUGAAGCAGGCGGGGAUCUACUACUUCUGGGACAAUGAUAAAGAGGAGACCGGGAUUCUUAUUGAGGCCAAGCUGCUCGACGCGAUUCGCCAUUCUAGGGUUUCUCUCGUCGUGUUCACCACCAACUACGCCGACUCGCGGUGGUGCUUGGACGAGCUGGUGGAGAUCCUGGAGUGCAACAGAAGGUUCAGAGAUCAUCGGGGUCAUGUGCUUCUGCCCAUUUUCUACGAUGUUCAGCCACGCGACGUUCGGAAACAGAGCGAGCGAUUCGGGGAUGGUUUCGGAAGGUGUUUGGCCACCCACACGGACGAUUUGCUGGUGCAGAAGUGGAGGGAUUCGCUAAAAGAAGCUGGGAAUUUGUCAGGAUGGCAUUUGAAUAAUGAUGCUAAUGGGGAUCAAUCGCUUUUCAUCGAGCAAAAUUGUAGGACGUCUCUUGAAGAUUAUUCCCAGAACAAGCUCCCCUGA